GGACCUGGGGUUGGGCAAAGUUGCGUACUUCACGGUCAACAUUCCCCUCCAGCAACCCCAGUCUGCCGCUUGCUCAUCAAGCACGCUCUGUCAACUACAGCGAGUAGAUGGGAUUGACCUAUUCUCGUCCGUCCGGUAACCACAAAGUGUCCUGGCUCGCCCUGUCCACAACUAAGCCGCGCCGCCACCGUCGUCACAAACAGACCGGCCACACGUCCGAGUCAACAACUCGCAGCCCCAAAGCGAAACAAACCGACACCCACCAACCCACCAUGCAUUACACCCGCGACAUCCCCACGAUCCAUCCCAACACCUGGCUCCUCGAAGACACCCAGAGCCGCAACCUCCGCCACCUCAACCCCUUGCCGGAGGUUACGGCGAUCCCACACGCGACCCCCACCCGCACCCACACACGCACCCGCACCACGACCACCACGGCAACACCCACAAGCAGCACGAAAACCAUAUCAUCCACCGAGACCAUGUCCCUCCCCAUCCGCAACGGCGGCAGCGCUGGCAAUACCAAGACCAAGCCUAAGGUCAAGAACAAGUCAUACCCCGCCGUCACCUCCGCCGCCAAGCACACACACCGGUCCGUUGGCUUCGAUGUCCACGCCGAUACCGAUGCUGACGCCCUCGUCCUGGCAGACGCCGCUUCCCUCCGCCUGGCGCUGGAUCUGGCGCGUCGGACGGUGGCGGAGCGCCAUGUUGCGGAGGAGCAAGAGCAGGAGCGGUCGGUGGGGAGUUUCUGGGAGGUUAGGGGGCGGGAGAGGGAGAGAGUGAGGGAGAGUCGGAGGGCUGAGAGGGAGAGUGUGGAGAGGGAGAGGGAGAGGGAGAGGGUCGAGAGGGAGAGGGUCGAGAGGGAGAGUCUUGUACGGGAGAUUGAGAAGCAGGAGGAGGAGGCUGCACUCCGUCGGGCGGUGGAGGAGGGCGUGAGGCUUGAGAUGGCUCUGUGGGAGCGGGAACGGAUGGAGGAAAUGAAGGUCGAGCGUCAGAGGGAGCUGGAUAGGGUGUUGAAGGAGGCCAUGUCGAAGAAUGAGAGGGAGGUGAUGAAGAAGAAAGCUCGGGAGCGGGAGGACGCGGCCGUUGCGAAGGCAAUGGAGAACUCCAUCAUACUUGAGGCGGCGGCGGAAACGCAGACGGAGAGGCUGAUGCGCCGGAUGCAGCGACACUCCGCGUCGCAGUGGGCAAAGGAUGGGACCAAGACCGCCGGGUCGAAGGCCGUCACAAGGCUGUAUGGUCCGGACCUUCCCCCCUUCGGGCCACGCGUCGGCGAUCCUCAGGCUUCUUCGGUACCUUCUACAUACUAUGGACAGUUUCUCCCAGCCGGGUCCUACCCCACAACAUACACCAACAGCACCGCAACUGCAGGUCCGCCGCUGGAGCCGACCUGGUACGGAUACAAUCCCUCAACCACGGCCGAUCCUUUUAUGCCCCAAAGCGACUUGGACAACGACAACCAACCUACGCGCUGGAACAGCUAUACCAAACCUGACCUCGUCGGCAGAACCCAUGCUGCCGACUGGAACAACAUUGGUACGGGCGCUCGACACUGGCAUGAGACGACGACCCAACGCUGGGAUGCCGUCAUCCGCCGGAAAGAUGGUACGCGCGGCGCAUACGAGGAGUCUAGAGAAGUGUCCAAGUCUACCAGGCGCUUCCCGUAG